AUGCAGGCGGCCGUGAUGCAGCCCCCGCAGGCCUCGUCUGCCUAUGGACCCAUUCCAGUGCGCCGCAAGCCCAUAGCCAACCCCGGUGUCGCCGCCCGCCCGCCGUCGCAACAAUUCCAUGUGGACGCGCAAAUGGGCCAUUCGCGAUCCCGAACCACCUCGUCGAACCUCUUUCCAGCCGCGCCGUCGCCCACCCAUUCCAACACCAUGAUCUCCCACCAGCAGUACCCCAUGCAGUACCAGGGCGGUGGUCUGCGCCGCACGCCCACCUCGUCCACCAGCUCCACCACCGGCACCCCCAAUCGCUCCAAUAGUGGCGCUGCCCUUCGCCGCUCGUCUUCCUCGCGCUCCGGUGGCAGCUCGCCCACCUCCUACUACGAGGACCCGCGCAUCCUGGCACAGCAACGCCAGCUGAAGAUGCGCGCAAACAUGGAGGUCGCCGGCGGACCACACCAUGUGCCGCCCAGAAGUGCGUCGGGCACUUCGAGCAUGGCCGGCGGCGUCCGAUCCAAGAUUGGCCGUCACCACGGCCUCCCCAAAGCCUCGCUCUACGCACCCGUCACCUAUGCCGGCUCUGGCGUGCCCAUGCGCCUCAGUGCCUCCGAGGUCGACGAGGGCGACGACGAAGAGGCAGGCUCGCAGCAUGGCGGGACCUAUCACCAUCGCUCUGGCUCUGGGCGCAGCUCCCUCGGGUCUGGCCGCCGCAUGUCGUACGCCAACCCCGCCGGCCGGCAGUCGUCCAACUCGACGCCGCCUCAAAACUCGUCCCCAGAAGACCUCGGUGACCUCCAGGAAGAACCGACGCCAGACGACAGCGGGGCCCACGGCUACUUUGAACACACCAAGACCAAUCUUUCCUUUGGCAGCGGUAGCAGUGGGGAACGCAACUUUGGCGGCGUCGGCGAAAUGCCGGCUUCGCUGCCGAAACCGGCGCAAGAGAAGAAGGUGUCCAAAGACGACCUUGUGCGAAGAGGCAGUGUCGACGAACGGACAAUGAACAUGGGCACGCGACUCUUUGUAGCGAAUCCCGACGCCAACGACAGCGAUUGA